UCAGACUCACUGAGUCGCUCUAACUCACCCUAAACCCUAAAAAACUCGUGUUCAUAUUGUUUCUUCCACACAUUUAUCUCAGCCGUUCGGCGACUUUUCCUUCCUGCCUUCCCAUCAUUGUUUCUCCUUCUUAUUUUUGGUUGUUGAGACUUAUUCGAUUCCUCUCAUCAUCAGUUCUACUUUCAUUCUCCAUUGAUUCAACUGCAGAUCUCGUAAUUUCUAGAAUUCAAUGGCAUCAAAACUUCGUCAGUUGCAGUCCAAGGCUUGUCAGGCUACUCAGUUCAUUUCCAAACAUGGUGAAGUUUAUUACAAGCAAACGAUAGAGCAAAACAAGGAACACAUUCAAGAGCCUGCCACUGUUGAGACUUGCAAUCGUUUGGCAAAGCAAUUGUUUUACACUCGCCUUGCAAGUUUGCCUGGUCGUCGUGAAGCAUUCUGGAAAGAAGUCGAGCAAGUUAAGCUGGCAUGGAAGAACAGGAAGGACGUGAAAGUUGAAGAAGUUGGAGUUGCAGCUUUGUUUGGGCUCGAAUGCUUUGCAUGGUUUUGUGCUGGUGAAAUCGUAGGACGAGGAUUUACCUUCACUGGCUAUAAAGUUUAAUAUGACUCCAACAUGAAUUGACUUGCCGUUGAGACAAGUUGGCCUCAUUCCAUUUUAUUUGCCUCCAAAUGCCUAGUUGAGUUGAAGAUUUUUGAAAAAUACCAGACACAUUGAGGAUUUUUGUGUUCGAUGAACCGAAGGAAUGAAGUUGAAUUUCUUUGAUAUAUGUCUCUUUGCUCUCUUAUCUCCAUCUCUUUUUGUUUUAGAAGAUGAUCACAUAAUAAGGCAAAGAUGAUACUUAUAUAUUUCUGUUAAUUGCUGCUGUAAGCAAAAGUGCAAUGUAUUUGACAUUGAAAUGGAUUAAUAGUGAAUAACUAUCUUCUUUAGGUCUGGACAA